AUGGAAAUAUCCGUCGUGGAACCAAAGGCGCCGCUACAAGAUCCGGAGAAAAAAUGGACGGGACCAUUGCGGAUUUUGGUGCAGACAACAACGAGUCUUGUGCCAGGAAAUGAUUAUGACGAACGAGUCGAGUUCAUGAGAAACCUCAUCUGCCAGCACCACUGGAACCGCGACUUCGAUUGGCAUCAGGACCGUUGGAAUGUCUACGGUCACGAAUCUGGUUAUGCGAACCGUAACUGCUACUUCCUUAUCGAUCAUGGCCAUGUCGAGCCUCCUGAAGAUCCGUCAGUUCUGUGGUAUAAGUGGACGGGAGAAUCCCUUAUUGCUAUUCAGGAAACCUUGCCCGCGGAAGUACAAUCUAAAUUGAGAAAGUAUCCCUUCUCGAGGCGACCGGUUCGACGCCUGCCAGGCAAGAAACUUGCACAGCUUGAUGCAGCAAUGCAUCGCCGGGUUAUUCGGUCAAAACUUCGUUGCGAUAUGACCAUCAUACCCGAGGAUAUUCGGUUCCUACUGACACAUCCAGAGGAUGCAAGGUGGCUUAAAGAUAAUCUCGAGCCACGAUUUUGGGCAAAGCUUCAUUUGGAACAAAACGAAGAAUCAUUGGAAUGGUGUGCUCUUUGCUGGGCUGAGAGUGUCACCACAUACACUCAUUGUUGUUUGCUACCACUACUUGUCGUUGUAGUAUCAAGUUCGGUUGGAGGCGUCAUAAUGCUAUCUGUAGCCGCCAUCGACGCGGUUGCUGUCUCCUUUUCAUGGCCUUUACCUAGCGAGGUGAAAUACGAGGUUACAGCCUGUGACAAUACGGAGCGGAAUUUAGUCCGAUGGUAUUGA